CUGUGAUAUAAGAACAAAGCAAAAUUUUCAGCUGCAUGGCAAAACAACUGUAUUCUACCCAAGCUGUGAUUGUGAGUUUGCACUUUGUUAAUUGUUAUGCAAUAAAACACCACAAAAAAAGAAGGUAAAACUGCACAAAAUUCAAAUAUACACUACCGUUCAAAAGUUUGGGGGAUGGUAAGAUUUGUAAAGGUUUUUAAAAAGCAGCUAAUGCUCACCAAGGUUGCAUUUAUAUGAUCAAAAAUACAGUAAAAACUGUUUUCAUGUCAAUUUGGGUAUUUAUCUCAAGCUUUGCUCCAAGUUUUUGUGUGAUGUCUCUGAAAAACAUUGUUUUGUCUUAAGUCAUGCAUGGAUUUAGGUGAAACUUUGCAUGUCCGUGCAUUGUGUGCUUUGUCUGUCUGGGACUUGAUUGUCAGUCUAUGCUGGUUUCACACUCGUACCUGUGUGUGUGUGUGUGUGUGUGUGUCUGUUUAAUGCAACUGUUUAAGAGAAAUUUCCUCCUGUGAUCUGACACUGUGUUUAAGCUGUGUAUAUCUGCAGUGAGGGUGAGACAGUCUCUGGCCCUCAGGGUGACGGCAGUGUUUUGGAAGCUCAACCAGGUGUAUGUAUCCAAUAUGGCAUGUGGGAGGGGCCUCACCUAGCUUCUCUCAUUUCCCUGGCAAAUAGUGUCACCAGUUCCCUUUUCUUGUCACACUGCUUCUAGAGAUUAUAUAGCAGAAAUGGAAUGUGUUGGAGUCACUAUGUUUCUGCUCAUGUUCACCUUAUUUCUAAUCGUUCCUGGUACAGACUCUAAAUGCAUUGAAUGCGUUUCACUGCAGCCCACACAGCAUGGGAAAAUGGGGGACCCGAUGCUCCUCAAAGUUGAGACUCAUUUUGAUGUCCACAAUGUGAGGUUCCAGGGGUCCUGGUGCAAGAUUAAGCCUAAUAACACUAUUUUGGUCACUUUCAACAACAUCAAUGCCAUCCCAAAUCUGCGCCUAAAGAACAGUCCAGCACUCAAUUUGCCUGAUGUAUCACUAUAUUUUGAACAUCUGGUUGAAGACACACAGGGGGAAUAUGAGCUGCAGAUCAACAUCAUCUUCCCAGGAAUUCCCAGUCCAGUUGCUGUCACAAAAAGAGUGACAGUCACAGUCAGUGUGCCUGUGUCCAUGCCUGGUAUUACGAAAACCCCAGAAGCAGAACUGGUGGAAGACAGGGACAAUGUGACACUGACUUGUUCUGUUGAACAUGGGACAAAUGUUCAGUUCAAAUGGCUAAAAAACAACAGGGUGGUUGAUCCAAGUGAGCGGCAUACAUUCUCACAAGAUCAUGGGACACUUAUUAUAAACCCUGUCAAGAAAGAAGACAUCGGUCAAUACAAUUGUGAGGCCCAAAACCACAUUAGCAGUAAGCUAAGCAAACAGGCUGAACUCAUUGUGUUCUACGGGCCUUAUAACUUGGCAGUAAAUUCGGACCAAGGUCUGAAGACUGCAGGGGUGUUCAUGGUGAACCCGGAGGAACUGGCCUUUUUUGAGUGUAUUGCAGACUCCAACCCUCCCAACACCUGCAUCUGGAUCUCGAAGACAAAGAACAGCACAGAGGUUCUCAUGACUGGACCUCGGUUUGAAGUGAAGCCGUACGAGUUACCCCAGGGUAAAGAGUUCUUGUGCAGAGCAUUCAACAAUAUGACGAAGAAGCAGGACGAGACCAAGUUCACACUGGUGAUGGCCAGUCUUGACAGAGGAAAAGCCAAAUACAGCCAGGAAGGGAGUGUACUCUCUUCAAUGGCUUUCAUUACGAUCUCGUCAGUCCUCAUCAUAGUGUGUAUGAUGUUUGUGCUCCUAAGGAAGAGCUGCCAUCCAAGAAGAAUGAUAAAGACUAUCUUCAGGCGGCCAGUGACAGAGCAAAGAGGACUGCGGCGCUCUGGUCAUGAAGAUGCAACUGAAGACUUUGGCAUUUAUGAAUUUGUCUCUGUACCUGGGAAAAUGGAGUCAACACAGGCAUCCUGCAGGUCUUUGACACGGCUUGAUUCAGUCAAAGAUUUGCAUACCACUAUCUAUGAUGUCAUCAAACAUGUGCCUGAAACUCCAACACUGAGUCUUUUGAAAUGAGAGGUGGAUAGUCAUGUGUUCUCGGAUCUAAAGAUGAAAGGCGUUUUUUUUUUCUGCUAAUUUUUCUCUCUACAGUCACACAUUUAAGCGUUUCUUUUGUUUUACAAUUAUUCUUUUUUUAAACUACUUAUACUAAUCAUACAUUUAUAAACUUGUGCUGGCCACUGAAGUUUUUAAAUAAGAAAAAUAUGACAUUUUUGUUCUGUAACAGGCAUGCUUAAUGAAAACGCUGAAAGUAUUUAUAUAUGAAUACAGUCGUCAUCUGAAUUUCGAAUGUAAAUAUGAUGUAUGCAUUUUGUACAUUAAAUCUGUAUUUGUUUUUGCA